AUUUAGCUGAAGUCAUUAUCCAUUAUUUCACAGCAUCUCGUCCAGCUGACAGCAGGAGCCUGGUGUUCUGGAGUCUGUUCUGACUUUUUAACUCUAUUUGUAGAGGUUAUUCUUGAUGUUGACCGCCACCUUUCACCUCGGACCAUUUGUUUAAGGUGCGUCUGUUAUCUAAUGCAUCAAGUGGAACUAUGACCCAGACCCCAGCGUUGUGAAGUUAAUAAUUACCAAGGAGCACAAUAUAAAAAGGAUCCGGCACAGCAGCUUUUCUUCGUGACACACAGCGACUAUGGAUCAGAGGCAGUGCCUCUUUGUUUGUGUGCUUCUGGCACUUUGUGCCACUCAGACGGCGAAUGGAGGGAACAUUCUGGUCUGGUACACUGAGGGAAGCCACUGGAUUAACAUGAAGCCUGUGCUGGAGGCUCUGCUCGACAGGGGACACCAGGUCACCGUCCUGGUUCCGAGCACGACUCUGUUCAUGAACACCAGUAUUUCUUCUCGCUUUCAGUACGAAAACUUCGAGGUAUCCAUCUCACUGAAGGAGAUGGAGACGCUUUUUGACAAUUUUCUUCAAUUCACCAUGUAUGAGAUGGAUCAAAUUAACUCCUUGCAGAUGUACAUGAAGUUUAUUGAGCUGAUGGAGGUCAACCUGCAGUAUACUUUGAAGUAUUUGGACGGAGUGCUGAAAUCAGACACCGUCAUGAAGAAGCUGAAGGAAGGAAAGUAUGACCUUCUCCUGGCUGACCCCGUCUACACCGGCAGUGACUUGACAGCAGAAAUUUUGGGCAUCCCUCUGGUUUUCUCUCUGCGCUUCAGCUUUGUGAAUAACUGGGAGAGAUACUGUGGUCAGCUACCGGCUCCACCGUCCUUUGUCCCCGCUGUUAUGAGCAAACUGACAGACAAGAUGGACUUCUCAGAGAGAGUGUGGAACUUUGCCUUCUAUUUACUCAAUGACAUCAUUUUGAACAACAUUUAUUGGAAAAAAGUAGAUGCAUAUUACUCUGAAAUCCAAGGGAAACCAACCAGUGCCUGCCAGACAAUGAGUAGAGCAGACUUCUGGUUGAUUCGAACCUACUGGGAUUUUGAAUUCCCUCGUCCAUUCCUCCCCAACUUCAAAUACGUUGGUGGGAUCCACUGCAGACCUGCUAAACCUUUGCCAGAGGAUAUGGAGGAAUUUGUGCAGAGUUCAGGAGACGCUGGCAUCGUGGUCUUCACUUUGGGAUCCAUGGUCAAGAACAUCACUGCUGAGAAGGCGAACGUGAUCGCCUCGGGCCUCGCUCAGAUCCCACAAAAGGUGCUGUGGAGAUACAGUGGAGAAAAACCAGAGACUCUUGGUGAUAACACCAGAUUAUAUGACUGGAUCCCUCAGAACGACCUGCUCGGUCAUCACAAGACCAGAGCCUUCAUCACCCACGGUGGCACAAAUGGGAUUUAUGAGGCAAUCUACCACGGUGUUCCCAUGGUGGGCAUCCCCUUGUUCGGUGACCAACCAGACAACAUGGCCCACAUGAAGGCCAAGGGAGCUGCAGUUAUCAUGGAUUUAAACUUCAUGAAGCCUGAGGACCUGAGAGCUGCGAUCAAUACUGUUAUCAAAGAGAAAUCGUACAAGGAGAGUGCCAUGCGGCUGUCCAGUAUCCACCAUGACAGACCCACCAGUCCCCUAGAUGAGGCCUUGUUCUGGAUCGAGUUCACCAUGAGAAACAACGGGGCCAAGCACUUGAGGGUCCAGGCCCAUGAGCUGACCUGGUACCAGUACCACUCCCUGGACGUCCUGGCCUUCCUCCUCGCAGUCGUCCUGCUCAUCACACUCCUCUUCAUCGGGACCUGGCGUUUCUGCUUUAGGAUGUGCUGUGGCAGGAGAGGCAAGAAAAAGACUGAGUGAUGGACUUUAAGAUUUGAAAUGCAGUCUGCAAAGAAGUGACGGGUGAAACAAGGACAGUUCUCAGGUUUUCAUGUUGAGUCUGAGGUACGUUGUUUACCCAAAAUAUCCUGGAUGUGCGUUUGUGAUUAGUGAUCCUCAACUUCUGACAUAACUAAGACUAUAAAUGUCAUGUAAAAAGUAGAUUGACUGCACUCUUGAAUAAAGAUCGGAAAAAGCUCCAUAUGCUCAGUAUUCAACUGAAACUUUUGAGGUCAUUUGUAGUGAAAGAGGAGAAAUAAUCCACUACAUUGACAAAGACCACAAAUUUACUAUCUUCAACAAGAGCACAUUUCUCCUUUGCUCCCUCAUGUCUCAUCAGUAAUUAGUGGAACUGCUCAAAGGUGAGUUUUAAUUUGCAUAGCUCCUCCCUUUUAUUUGUUGACGCCAUUUUGCCAUCAAAGGCUUGAUGGUCAUUGGCUGGUAAAAGAUUGGGGACACACAAAAACAAAAACAAAUAUGCACACAAGGGAUUUGUUCUGUGCCUUUACUUAGAUAUUAUUAUGAUUACAAAUGCUCUCAGUGCUUCAGGUUUUCUCGGCCCACUACAGCAUCAUCAAAAAUAUUUAUAUCACACAUGGGCGGAAAUUCAGACUUUGACAUCCAGGAUACUGUUAUCAACAUAGAUCAUGUGAUAUAAUCAAACUAACUACGGUUUGGAGCUGAGACACUGGCCAGAGAAGAGAACACUUGGAAUACGUUGCUUGUUUGAUCUACAGUCGUGUGUGAUGAAUCAUGGGUAACCUAGUGCGAAGUCGAGUUAGUUGGUUUAGGUUAGCCUACAGCACGGACAUUUUACGGGCAUUGAGCAACGGCAUGGUGCAGGCAUUCGAUUUAGACAGCAUCUCUCCUGAGGAGAAGGAAAACAUUCCGUAACGUUUUAGCCAGACCUCAGAUAAUAUUAUAUCGGACUGGUAAUUAGGUUUAUGUUCUGUUUGACUGCUCUGUGUUUGUUAUGACUUAUGUUCAGCUAACUACACCAUGUUAAAUAUGUAUUGAGAUGUCCUGAGGGUCAGUGAAUAGGUCUGGGUGGGGCACUUGACAGUACAAGACCAAUGGCUGUGGUGUUGUGUGGGAUGGCAGGCUCUCAUUGGCUGAUGAGUUGGCUGGUCAAGGGUGAAUGAGGAAGGGGAGUGAAGAAUACGGUGGUGGAUGUUAGGAGUGUCGGAGUUACAACAAGAAGUCUGUAGUGUUCGUUGGACUUUAAUAAAGUUACACAUAAAGAGAGAAGUUUCCUGUCGUCUAUAAGCGAGGAGCUACAAUAUGAACGUGUUCACCGCUCAAAUUCAAUAUUUGUCAUUAAGUUGCGUUCAGUUCAUCGUUCUCAUAAACAUUAACGUGUUCAAUGAACGCGUUCUUCUGAACGUGUUCAUGCACAACACUGCCGAUAGUCCCGCUUAAAUUGUCCGAAUCAGCUCCAGCAAGUUGAAGAGUGAUGCUGAAAUGUAGAUCAUUAAAACAAAUUUAAACCAGCGUUUAUCUCCAAUAUUCAGCCAAGAAACAUUUUAAAUUUGUAGGAUUCUUAGUGGAAUUUGGUGGAUUUGUUGGUUCAGACAGCCAGGGAUCAUUGGAAAUAUCCAUCGUUCAUUUGUCUUUCAGUUCAGUGAGCGAGACGGCACAGUCCGAUUGAUAAGUGCAAUGUUUGACCUGUUUGUAUUUCUAGACCAAGGGUUAUAUCAUUAGAAGUCUCCACAGGGAAGCACCGACACAUUUCAUGUUAAUCCUUCAAAUAGUUUGAAUGUGAUAUUUUUUUCGGACGGAACUGUUUAUGACAUGAAUAAGGUGAGACCUUUUGUGACUUAAUAACCCAUCAAAGGAAAUAGUGUAUGUCUUCUUAUCACCUAAGGAAACACAUGUGAAUCAGCUGCUAAAGUUUAGAUUCCUCUCGUCCCCCCACCAUGGAACCUGUCUGGAUUGGUUCAGAGAGACAGCCCUCAGUCCUCCUAUAUAAGAUCCGUGUUUUUGACUGUUCUGCAUCCUCACUCUUAGACCCUUGUGGUUUCCCUGUGUUGAUCCUUUCUGCAGAAAGACCCUUAUUAAAUACACAUAGAUAA